AUGGCCAAUUAUAAUGUAACAUUCCAACGACAGAAGGUUUGGCCAGAUCGUGGAAGCCAAUACACUCUCUUAUCUUAUGUUCCCCUGUUUGUGCGUUAUAGGAAAUGUCAUCUUCAUUUCUCUAUGUUUAAUAAAGGAACCUCUUAUUUGAUUGAUGAUGCUUGUCACAGGACAGGUGAUUUCAACUUAUGCGCGGCGUCUCUUAGAACGGAUCCUCAUAUCCGUACAGCUGAUAUAAAAGGUUUGACGUGUAUCAUGAUGGAAAUGUGCUUGGACAAGGCAAAAGGCAUUUCGUCUCAAAUCGAAAGGAUAAUAAAACAAGCUACAGAUCGAGGUUUUAAGGAAUGCCUUGAGAUUUGUCUCAAGGAAUUUGGCUUAGCUAUUGACAAUCAUCUUCCAUAUGCUAUCAAGCAGUUGGAUUCAGGUGAUUAUGUGGAUGCCACAUACUCACUUAUGGGUGUUGACAAUAGUGCUGAAACUUAA